AUGGAUUCAGCAAUGACAACGGUUGGCAAGGCUUGGCCAGCAUUUGACAGCGCUAUAUUAAAAGCACCACAAAGUAAAUGCAAAUACGUUACGGCUACUAGAAAGUUGGGCGAUGGUAACUUCAGUGUUGUGAAGGAAUGCAUGAACGUACAGACGCAUGAACGCUAUGCGAUGAAACUAAUCCCAAAGAAGUUAGUGCGGGGUAGAAUGCAGCUUAUUCAGCGUGAAGUGUCAGUUCUUAAACACGUGAGUGAACGGAUCCAUAUUCUUGAGGCUGAAGAUCAGGAGUGGCAGGACUAUAAAGUUGAGAAUAAUGGUACAUUUGAUGGACAUCAUCAUGUUUUGCAGUUGUUUGAUUACUUUGAAACGAAGCAGAAUAUUGUGUUAGUAACUCAGCUUUGUGCUCAGGGAGACUUAUAUGACCGAAUUAUUGAGUCAGGUUCAUUGAAUCUGGAGACUCAGGUAAAGCCCUACACCGCAUGUUUGUUGAGUGCGUUAGAAUUCUUACACGAAAAUGGAUUUAUACAUCGUGAUAUUAAAGCUGAGAAUAUCUUAUUUAGAUUGAGACAGCAGCCGCCCACAAAUUCUAAGUAUGACGAGGCAGCGCAUGACUUAAUAAUUGCAGAUUUCGGGCUUGCAGUUGCAAAAGACAAUCAUAUGUCAUUGAAGGAAUAUGUUGGCACUCUCUCAUACUUGGCUCCAGAAGUUGUUCAUUGUAAAGAUGUGCAAAAAAUGUCACCCAAAGCUGCACAAGAGGUCAAGGAAUAUGGUCCCGGUAUCGAUGUUUGGGCACUAGGGGUUUUGUGUUAUUUUAUGAUGAGUGGAUAUAUGCCAUUCGAUUGCGAUGAUGAUACUGAGACAACAGAUUGCAUCCUUAGGGGUGAAUAUUAUGUUGAUGAGGAAGCUCAGUUGGCAGGUGAUUUGCAUUUUAAAAACUGCUGGAAUUUUAUACAGCGAUGUUUCACAGUCGCUGACACAAUAAGGCCGUCUGCCCACGACUUAAUGGCCCACCCAUUUGUUCGAGAAUAUUUUCAAUCUGUAGAAGAGAUCGAUUUUUCGAACAUCCCCAUAAUUGAAAAAUCGAAAUCUUCCACUUCGUUGCACAAUUUGGGACCUCCAACCAGGUCGCCAUUGGGUCAUUCUCCCAGAGUGUCCUUUAUUGAAAAAAGUCCCAUUAGCAGAAACAGUUCCCGUGAACAGAACUUGAAGGUAUUGAGGGAUACCUUGAGGAAGACGUUGUCAAUGACGUCAAUAGAGCCUCUUCAUGACAUCCUUUCAAGUGCAUCUUCAGCAGCUAUGAACUCAAACAGAAAGAAUUCGACUUUUAUAUUGGAACCGGAACCACCUUCUAGUAGUCUGAUGCAGGGAUGUUUCAGCCUCACCCCAGAAAGUAAGUCUAAUUUUAGUACUCCUCCUGCGAUUUCAAGGCGCAGCUCUGCAAAUAAUUUCCUUGAUACCGGCAAUACUACGAUGAUAAGUACAUCUUCAGGGACGACGGCAUUGCAAAUGAAUAGGGUUGGUGAUGCUUUUGUAGGUGAAAGAGGGAAAUAUAUUGCAUUUCAAUUGGGAAGAGAUGAUGAUGAUGUAAACUAG